AAGCAGAUUCUCGAGGGCGGGGAAUGAAGCCUCCAGGCGGUGGCAGCGGGACAGAGGCUGUCCGCUCAUUCACUAGGGCCAAGUGGUCUGGGUCGGAGAUCAUGAAACUCCUACUGUGCAUCGCGCUGCUGCUUCCCGGGCCUCAGCUGUCGGAAUCCGCCUGCUUCUUUCAGCCCCAGGCCACAGACGGUAGGGACACGUGCUUUGACCUAAACGACGGAACGUAUCAUCAAUACGGAGAAGGUUGGUUUAGCUCCAACUGCUGGGAGUGCGUGUGUGCGCGCGGGGGCUAUAAAUGCUGCGAGCGGUAUUUUAUGCCAUUUGGUGUCCCGGAAGAGUGUGUGAUAACUUUCGAUAUUCACACUUGUUCGUUUCAUGUCAAGAUGAAGAAUGACCGGUCUGUCGAUUGUGAUAUAGGUGGAGCUAUUGGGAAAUGAGCUGGAAUGAACCGACAGCUCCCUUUCAACGCGGAGACAUUCAUCAAUGGGAUACAGGAGCCUUGACUCUUGAAUAUAAUGUAACGACUCUUGCAUAACAAUAAACAUAUAACAAACAUAUUCCGCCGUCAUCUUCUUCUGGCCAUCGCUCUACUACCUCUCGCUGCUCACCUGUCAGAGUUCUGUAGGCUGACCAACAACGCUAGUCCCAUCUGCCUGUAAUGGCCCAUAUCCCUCUAAAUCUAUAGAAACCAUGGGCACGUCCAAAUGUCAUGUAAUACCAGUUACUGAUUGCCUGUACGGGGUUUUCAGAAGUGCACUGACGCGGAUUAAAUAUGUUUAUCAUAUUAACAAUGGAUAUCUUUUCCAGGCUGGAAUGGAGUGAGGUAGUGCAUUGUCCCAAGGUAGACUAAAAAGCUGCAGGAACUCAAUGGGACGGACAGCAUCUCUGGAGAGAAGGAAUGGGUGACGUUUCGGCUCGAGACCCUUCUUCAGACCUAAAACGUCACCCAUUGUUGAAGUAGAAAUGGAUCUGGGGGGUCCCUGUUCAUCAUUCUAUGAAAGUAAGCAUGCAGGUAGUGAAGAAAGCGAAUGGCAUGCUGGCCUUUAUAACAAGAGGAGUCGAGUAUAGGAGCAAAAAUAUGCAAUAUAGUCACGUGCCUUCUGACAAUCGCAACCGAAGGAUGAUAAUAACAGAAUUUGAUGGGGAGGCAACUAUUUAAAGCUGAGGUGUGUAGAACUAUUAUUGUAGGGAGCGACGAAUCUCUCCAUUUCACUACCUCGAGGGUGGUGGAAUUCAGAUCAUUUGAGCUAUUUAAAGAGGAAGUACAUACAUUAUUUGAAAGACUGCGGAAUUAAGAUAUCUCGGAAUCUGGCCCAGAGGGCGAAAUGUCUGGAGCAAAUUAACGCCGAUGGUACUGAAGGGCAGAGCAAGCUUGUGUGUGUCUAGUUGGCUACACUCGCUCCAAUUUUGAAAGGUCAUGAUAGUAAAAUUAAAAACUGGUAGGGAAGAGCAGAGAUAUAUGAAGGGGCAACAUUACUGAAUACAGCCAUUGUGCGCCGAAAACCUGUUCCUGUGUCGUAUUGGAAGAUAUUCGAUGAACAAACACGCCACAUUAGGAGAGAUGCUCGUGAGUCUCCGUCUCGGCCGAGAAGAGCUGUUUAGGACCGUGAACGGUGAUGAGGGAGGAAGUGCAGUCUCAAGUUUUGUAUUCAAGUUUGUCGCACAAGUGCCAAGCAUCAAAUGGGAAAGGUGGGAUUAGAUGGGCAGACUGCUGAUAUAAUCUAAAUGGAGGUAGAUAGGAGUAUACACAGGGGAUUUUGCCCAAAACAGGGAUUUAAUGGACCUGAGGGCAAAGGUUUAAGGAGAGAAUCUAAUAGGGAUCUAAGUGAUAACCUCUUCAAAAAGAAGGCGAUGGGUAAAUGGAGCGUGUUACCAGAGGAGGUAGAUGAUGCACGUACUACAACGCUAUUUUUAAGACAAAAAGGAGACAGAGUGCUGGAGUAACUCGAUGGGUCCGGAAGCCGGACAACGUGGAUCGGGAAUACAUUGCAGCGGAAUCUCGAUCGGAUGGGUAGGUAGACUGAGGAAUGUUUGGUGGAAAUUAAUGGAAUUUAUUAGGAGAGAUUGAGCAGGCUGGGAGUCUAUUCCUUGUGGCGCAAGAGGACGAGGGGGUGAUAUUAUAGGGAUGUACAACGUCAUGAGAGGAAUUGAUCGGAUAGCCACACGGAUUCUCUUGCCCAGAUGAGGGGAAAGGAGAACCAGAGGACAUAGGUUUAAGGUGAAGACGGAAAGAUUUAACAGGAACCUAAGGGGUAACGUUUUCACCCAAAGGGCCAUGCGUAGGAAUGGUUUAAUCGGACUUGGGCUAAACACCUGCAGGUGGGACUAGCGUAGAUGGGGCAUUUUUGAGGCAUGCUCAGCUUCGGUGCUUGAUGACUUUAAGGAUGAUACGCUGGUUGCAGUGAAGUGGAAGGAAGGGCCAGCGGAACUCCACCUCCUUUCUGAAUGGACAGGGCACAGGCAGCGUAAGCGAAGGUUGGAAAGCAGAUUCUCGAGUAGGGAGAAUGAAGUCUGCGGGCGGUGGCAGCGGGA